AUGUCCACCGAUGUAGCAGACUCGACCCCCUCUCUAGGCAGCGCCGUCGUCGUCGACGAAAGCGCGCCAGACACGCCGGCGGAAUUGAAGAAGGAUGGUACCGCUUCGCGCAUGCGCCUCCACAAGGGCAACAUCCCUACCGUGCCCCAGACGAAGGCCUGUCCGAUGUGCCCUGCGAAGUUCACUCGGACAACACAUCUGAGUCGUCAUUUGCGUACUCACACCCGGGACAAAUUGCAUGAAUGCGAUAAAUGCCAUUCCCAGUUCACGCGGAGCGAUCUCCUGACGAGGCAUAAGCGCAGUUGUGGUGAUCCAAACGCCAAUCGUUCUCGCCGAAAGUCGUGCAAAGCAUGUGCUGAUUCCAAGGUGAAAUGCGAUCUGCAACAGCCCUGCUCCAAGUGCCAGGCGCGGGGCAGGGAGUGCGUCUACGUCUCAGGCCACUCCGUCUCUUCUGGUGCACGGGUCACCAAGGAAGAGACGAAGGUUCUCGACGCAUUCGACGAGGAGCUGGCGAAAGUGCUUGCUAAUCCACCCCUUGCUUCGUCAUCAACCGCCCACACCCUGACGCCUGAUGGCUAUCUGAAUCAAGUAGCGGUGCCGAGCGUAGACGCGAGCGCUAUCCCUCUCCCCGCAGGUCCACAGCUUACCACGCCCUUCCCGUCCGCUACAUAUACAUCCUCCACCGUCGACUUUGCGAUCGCCAGUAGUUCCAUGUUUGCUCAGAUCGAUAACCCGGACAUCGCGCACGGCGGCACGCAGGGCGGAAUCAACGACAUGUUCGGCGCCGGCGAGAUAUUCGACGAUCUCCUGGGUGGCAUGUUUGCACCCAGUCAGCAGAUGAUGCCGCCGUCCGAGUUCAGCCACUCUGGGAAGGGUAAGGACGCUAUGGGUGCAUUCCCCGACUUCGGGAAUAGCCAGGGCAGCGAUUCGUCGUUGGCCAGCACCCCCUUCCCUGACGCUUUGUUUGAUCUAUCAACGAUGCCAUUAUCGACGAGCAAUCAGCACCUUUUCGACUAUUUGCCUUCAGCAGGUCCCAGUACCGCGUCAUCAAGCAGUCCCGGGUCGUCGGGCAGUGCGAGUUCGCCCAGUACCAAAGACGCGCAAAGCCAAAGCCUAACAGCCCACGAUGGUCUCUCGCCCGCCUGUCUCCUGACAUACUUGUCGCUAUUCUUCUCCGCAUAUCUUACCAACAUGCCUAUUGUACAUGCGGCGACAUUUGUACGCGAGGGCAGGCACCCGCUGUUGAUAACUGCAAUGGAGACGUGCGGCGCGCUCUAUGUUAAGACCCGCGCAGCCAUCGAUUUCAUCGACCAAAAUCUCGCGAAAGCCCGAGAUGAGCUAGUGGUCGAAUUUGCAAAAGAGGCUUCGUCGCAAGAGUGGCAGCGCCAGAUUGACCUCGUCCUUGCGGCGGACUUGUUCCAGACUGUGGGUCUGUUCCAUCAUAGCUCAGAGCAGCGCUCGUUCUCUAAUGUGUACCACGGUAUAUUUGCUAUGAUGAUCCGCCUCAACGGCUUCGCCGAUAAAUGCAUGGAGUGGAGUCCUCCGGCGGAUAUUAAUGCCUCGAACGUUGAGCAAAUAUGGCGUGGGUGGGCCCGGCAAGAAACAGCCCGGAGAGGCGUCGCUGUGUCAUAUAUGCAUGACUGCUGCCACUGCCUCUACUUCAACCUUCGGCCGACAUACGAGACAGCCGCCUUUGACAUGUAUCUGCCGUGCGAGGAUGCGCUUUGGACCGCAUCAUCGGCCGAGGAAUGGUUUGCCAUUCUCCGCAAACCCUCGCGUUAUGGCACCAUGCAGCAGCGCCUGAGUGGCCCCAGACUGCAGAGGAGCUACGCGAAGCUCGCCGCGCCGAGCGAGGCGCUCUCACCACCACCUGUCUUCAACCCAUGGCAGCAUCUCAUCCUCAUUCAUGUUCUCCUCCGACAGCUAUUCGAGGAGUUUAUUGAAGCGCGAUCACCAGAGUCCGAGGGCGGGCAGCCUGCUGCCGCCCCGGGCACCCAGCCGGAGUACAUCAGCCAGGAGCGCAUCUUCAGCUUCCAGGCGACGCUGCACCGGUGGCUGCAGAGCUGGCUCCAGUCGCCAGAGUCGCCGCAGUACUCAGAACUCGAGCCGCGCUUCGUCGAGCAGGCGCUGCCGUACUACUGGAUCGCGCAGGUCGCCAUUAUGGCAUACCAGGAGCGGCUGCCGCCGUUCUGCACGGGCACGGUGUACCUCGCGUCGGGCGAGGCGAAGUUCCGGCUCAUGAAGAAGUGGGAGAAGCACAUCCGGAAUUUCCUCCGGAGGGGCGGGAAGGAGCCGACGCUGUCGUUUGCUGAGCUGGUGAACGUGCGGCUACGGAAGUGGGAUCCGAAUGCAGGCCACGAAGACGACCCGGUCAACUUGCUCGGGUUCUUCCCGCAGUUAUAG